AAGCCCUCCGCCAAAUCCGACUCGCGACCUCAUAUUACCCAAAGCGCCUUUAUGAGGCUUUACCCAAAAAUCGCCCACCUAAACGCCCACGUAGUUAGGCUUCAGUCUUCCGUAUCAAAUGGAUCAAAUAGAAACCCCCCGCCUGUUGCUCACGCAGCUCACAGAGGAUAACCUAGACGACUUCCACGCCAUCUGGUCGAGUCCAGAGGCCACCCGAUGGAGCUCCCGCGGAUGCCUCAAAACAAUUGAAGAAAGCAAAGAGCAGAUGAAAGGCCUCCUAGUCUCCAACAACCCCCACGGCUUAAACUACGCCGUCUUCCUCCGCCCUACCUCCACCGCCCCCAGCCCAACCACCCGCAUGAUCGGCAUCGUAGGCGUCUUCCGCCUCACCCCCAUUGUCGAGCUAGGGUACACCUUCCACCCGUCAUUCUGGGGCAAGGGCUACGCUACAGAGUCUGUGGGGGCUUUUGUAAGUCGCUUUUGGGAACUGCGCCCGACGAUCCGGAUUAUGACCGCGAAGACGGAUACGGAGAAUUGGGAGAGUAGGAGGGUGCUGGGGAAGUGCGGGUUUAAGGAAGUAGGGCAAGAGGAGGGGAUCGUGUUGCCGGCGCUUGGGGUGGGGAGGAGGGAGGCGGUGGUUUUUGAGGUGUGUGCUCCUCGGGCAGAGGCUACGCUACAGAAUCCGUAGAUGCGUUGCGUUCAUAAAGCGGUUUUGGGAAUUGCGGCCUACGAUAAGGAUGAUGACGGCGAAGAUGGAUACGGAG